AUGGCACUUUGUAACCCUCGCCGAGCCUUCCGUGCGCACCACUAUCACCCAGUGACGACGGCGCCGUGGUCGAAGCACGGGGCAGUGCUUGCAGUGAACUUGCAGCACCAGCAUCAGCGGCCGCCGGUGGUGUGGAGCAAAUCUGCCUCAGAUGCAGCCGCUGAGCGGGGUAAUGGGGACGAGAGGUCGCAGGAUCGGCAACGACAGACACGCCACAAGGAGCAACAGGUGUACGCCGGGGAACCAGCACGUCAGCGGGACGGGGCUACGGUUGUGUCAUCGCUGCGACGCUUCCUCUCCGCAAUUCCUAUUCCGUCACCACCCAACCAGCAGCAACAACAGCAACAGCAGAGGGGCGGUGUGGGCAACAGCGAUCGUGCUUCGCUGUUUCAGCAGCUGCAGAGCACUUUCUUGCCGUCGUCGUCUCCACCACCUGCCGCUGCCACGCUGCCGUCGCCGAAGCCGUCGGCGCUGCCCACCUUCGCUCUUUUUGGCGCGCUUGAGCGGCUCUCGCGCUUCUCGGAGAUGGUGCAGCUGUGCCACGAGCACGCCGACGUCCUGGACGACUUCUUGGCUCGUCUCACUCUCCAGCUGCACCGCAGCUCGUGCGCACCGGCGCUGCUGCUCAGUGGCGCGAGCGCUGCCCCCAGCCAAUCAUCAUUGCCGCCGCCGCCGUCAUUGACAAUGAGCGCUGCGCACGAUGACGGCGAGUUCCUGCGAUGGCAUCGGAUCGUCAUGUUUCUGCUUCGCCAACCCUCAGAGCUGGCAAAGGUCGGCGUGGAAUUUUUCAGCGACGCAGUGAACUCCUGGCCGCUGCACAUGCUCUACCUGACGUGCUGCUUCUACGUGACGGCGCGCGAGCAUGGAUUCGACGCGCUAGCCACGACCCUCAGCAAGGGAGGUAUCUUCUGCUCCGGUAAAGGGCUCUUCGCCGCUUUGGCUGUAUCGAUGGCGCAGAAUGAGGAGGACCUGAUUCGCUCCACCGCGUGCAUGUACCGCGCCGCUUUCUACACUGGCGUGCUGAUGCGCAAGCGCCACCAGCACUUUGAAACGGAGACGCGCCUAACUGUAAAUGGAGGUUUUACGCUGCUGGUGGUAAACAUCCCCAUCAUCACGCUGCGACGCCUGGUGGCGCGGGUGAACGAGGGCUACGACGUGUUUGCCUCCAUGCGUGACGUCUACAAGGAGAGUGAGGCUGAGCGCGGCAACACCUGGUUCAACGUGAACAGCCACAACACGGCUGUCAGUGCCGAUACCGCCCCUUCCCUGCUGGGCCGUCGUGGCGGCCGUUCGUACUCUCCGACUUCGUCCAGCGGCUACGCGUCUGCUUCGUCACCCUUCGCGCCCUCCAUGCCGCAUUAUCCGCACUCGGUGAUUGAGGUGAGCCGCGUCAUUAGCAGCCGAACCGCCGUGUUGUGUGGCCACCCGUUGGACAUGCUGCGGCUUGACACGAUCCUUGCCCGAUUCGCGGACUUUAAUGAUGUGAAGAUCCACAGGGAGUACCUCCCCUCUGGCGGCCCAGAGAACAGUUGUUUCUUCAACAAGCACAUGGCACACGAGCUCACUGGACUGUGGAAGGCACGCGGGGUCUCUUUCUCGCUGGCCAGCGUGCAGCUGCCCCUGUACUCGCCGGUGAACGGUGACUUGUGGACUGAGUCGCUGCGCGUGCCCGUUGACCCUCCCGCACCGCCCGAUGCGUCGGUUACAACGGUGGCAUCGGCUUGCGACAGCAACGCCAUCUUCUGUGCUGCGGCACCACCGCCAACGGAGGGCUAUCGUGACGAGUGGUGGAUGUUCAACGUUGCGGAGGCGGCGACGUGCGCCAACCAGGACUUGACCUACUCCCUGCGCCACAUGAGGGAUGGCAGUGCGCUGCUCGACUUCUCCACCCACGCGAUUCGGAUCGGACGGCUGAUUGCAUGGACAAGCAAGUCGAUUACGGUGCUCGCAGCCCCAGAGAACCGGCAGGAGUCGUCGGCGAUGCCGCCGCCGCGGCGCAGCCCGAAGGAGAAGGUCAUUCGCAACACAAUGGAGAAGCUCGCCAUAAUCAACAGCGUUCUUCGAGAGGUCAGUGACAGGAUCGAUCAGCCGCCUGACGCUCUGGCAAACCCUUCCGUAGAACUGUUCACCACCUUCACGGAGCUAGGGCUGCUGGGGGUACUGAAAGGGCCGCGGGAGCGUCCCGGGGUAUCUCACUUUGGUGAGCCAACGCAUGCUGCCUCCGUGAUACUGAACGAGCGGCAGCGCAGCCACCACGGCUACUACAACACCGGGGCUUGCGACGCGCCGUCCGGAGCUGCCGUGACUUCGGGGGCGCCCUCCACGAGCCGACUAGGUGCUGCGGGCUCAUCGGGGACACUCAAUGGAGUCCUUUCAUCUAACGGCCCGGCCGCUGGCCGGCGCAUGAGGCCCAACGUCGGCGCACUCGUAUCACUGAACAGUGUGUCUCCCAGUAACGCGAAUACUGGCAUCCUGACCACGGCAAGCAACCUAAACAAGCUGGGCGCCAUCGGCAAGAGACAUACAAACAGCCUGUCGCUGAGCUCCGCUGGCGGCGUCGGGGGAUCGAGCGGUCUUAGCGCCCCAAGCUUCCACACAGGCAGCGCCGCUGGUGGCAUCAGUAGCGGCGUCCUUGCCGCCUUCCGCAGCCGCCAUGCCAGCACUGUGGACGGCAACCCAGUGACAGGCGCUGACCCUGGGCCACACGUGGAGGUUGGUGGCACUGCGGUGGUAUCGAAAAACAGCUUCCCGGAGUGUCACUCCACGUCUCCGCUGUUGAGUGCGUACGCGCUUACAAGUAACUCGCCGGGGCAAUCGCCGACACCACAAUUGACCUCCUCCAGCUCUCCCGAAGCUGUCGGGGAGGCGCGACUCCUUCCAUCGGCUCUCAUGUACCGCGGCAUGCGGCGAGGCAGCAGUCAUGUGACUGGCGCGGCGCACCUUCUGCUGGAUAGGAGAAUGACUACUAUGACGUCGCCUUACCGCAUACCGUCCUCGGUAUCGGCAAACAACACUGGCGCGACAGCUGCGGGGCUAGAGGCUCGCACAAAGUCUCCCUCGGCCACAUACACGGCUGAAAGAGACGGCUCCCCGGUUUCCCACGUACGAUCACAUUUGUGCGAGGCUGACGCGCACGAGGGCAUGGCAGCCACGAUCCCCGCUGGAGCCGUCGUAGGCGGUCUCGGGGGCGAGCUCUGGCACACGGUAAGUUUGAUUAGCCAGUCCGAUGCAAGCAACAGGCAGCGGACACCAACAGCAACGACCAUCUCCAUUGGCGCUGUCGCGUCGCUGCAGCCCAAGACGAAGGAGACAUCCGUCGUUCGCGGCGUCAGUCUCUCUCCUCUGCCGGCGUCGUUCCUCUCUGUGCCGCAGGAGGCACACUCGAGGCCCAGCUCUUUCUCGCCGGGUCGCGGCUGCAACAGCGCUGUGGUCACCUCCGACUCCCUUCACGAGGCCCCGGUCUCCGCUUUCUCUUUUCCAUCUGAUGGCCUGGCUCAGCAGAUGAGUGAGCUGGAGCUUACCUCUGAGCACCGCAUUCUGUCGGUACCUAGCGGGCGAAGGAGCUCGCACCUGCUGGCCUCCGGCAUCGCCUCCUCACGGCGAGAGCGGGGCAUUCAGUACGAGGCCCCCGUCGAGGGUGACCGCCUUAAUAAUGGGAGAGAUGGUGUGAUUGCGUUCGACGACGACAGCGCAGCUGUCCGCCGCGUUCCUGAUGACACCCUUACCCCAGGCUCGGAGUGUUUUCCGCUGUCCAUGUACGAGAAUGACUUAGUGAUCCACCGCAACAAUGACUACGCCGGUAUUGUGAACGUUUAUCAAGUCUCCGCACUGAUCACAUAUUAUGAGAUGCAGUUCAACUGCGUCCUCUGUGAUGGCGCCGUUCUGUUCGCCGGGUUGCUGAAGAGGGCAUCUGGCAUUGCGUUUCCCUCAUACACGCUGUUGCUCUGCCCUACGGUGUUUUCUCUGCUGGAGUUGUGGGAUGGCUACGAGUUCGAAGAGGUGUGGAGGCGCUCCCUUGGCGCCCCGGUGUGCAGUCGCGUUACAUCACCCAUCUCUGCCGGUUUGGUCUGA